GGGCAGCGCCUGGAGACCGGCACCGGGCCCUGCGGCCGCACCGCGCCCUGCGGCGGCGAGGCCCCGGCGGAGAGGUGCUCCCUGUGAGCGGUGUGUGCAGAGCGUGGACGGGCUGUGGGGUUAGCCAGCCAGAGGUUUGUCCUGGGCGAAACAGGGAGUCACAGAAUCACAGAAUCUUAGCGGUUGGAAGGGACCUGGAAAGAUCAUCCAGUCCAACCCCCCUGCCAGAGCAGGGUCACCCAGAGCACAUCACACAGGAACGUGUCCAGUUGGUUUUUCAGGAGAACGUGUGCUACCAUCACAAUGCCUGAAGUAAACACAGAUCACCUGGACGAGCAGCAGGUGCAGCUCUUGGCAGAGAUGUGCAUCCUUAUUGAUGAAAAUGAUCGUAAGAUUGGAGCGGAUACCAAGAAGAACUGUCACUUGAAUGAAAACAUUGAUAAAGGUUUACUGCACCGAGCUUUCAGUGUUUUCCUAUUUAAUACAGAAAAUAAACUGUUGCUGCAGCAGAGGUCAAAUGCAAAAAUUACAUUUCCAGAUUGUUUUACCAACACUUGUUGCAGUCAUCCUCUAAGCCAUCCACUAGAACUGGAAGAAAACAAUGCCAUUGGUGUUCGGAGAGCAGCACAGAGGCGACUGAAAGCAGAGUUAGGCAUUCCCAUGGAGCAGGUACCUCCAGAGGAAAUCUCCUAUCUGACACGAAUUCACUACAAAGCCAAGUCUGAUGGGAUCUGGGGGGAACAUGAGAUCGACUAUAUCUUAUUUGUACAGAAGGAUGUAACGCUGAAUCCUGACCCUAAUGAGAUCCAAAGCUACUGCUACGUGACACAGAAAGAACUGAAACAGCUCUUGGACAAAGCCUCCAAGAAUGAAGUUAAGAUUACUCCAUGGUUUAAACUCAUUGCAGAAACCUUUCUUUUUAAGUGGUGGGAUAACUUAUCUAACUUGAACAAAUUUGUUGAUCAUGAAAAAAUACACAGAAUGUAAAUAGCCAGAGCAAAAGAUGCUGAAGGCUGGCAGUGGUGUGCUGUCUCAUGAACAUGAUGGUAACUCAUAAAUUUUGAGUGCAGAAAGGUAAUCACUUGGAGCAGGUUUUAUAAAACUUUAUACAGAGAUGGUUGUAAGUAAUGUUUUUUCUUCUCUCUUCACCUAGUCUUCCCCCAACCCUGUUCCUCUUGGGCAAGUCAAUGUAAAAUGGGCGAUGGUAACAUAAGAAACCCCUGGGUUCAUCUUUCUCUCUUACCAUGUGUGAUAUGUGUGCCCAGCUUAGAAUUACUUCCUUGCCUAACAACACAUAUUAGCAGGAGAGUCUGGGUGCUUCAGUAGAGCUGGUACCUUCCCAGCUUCACAUGACCAUGCCUUCUAAAAUAGGGAUUACAAAGGAAUUGGAGUUCUGCAGUGAUAUUGAGAAGACUAGUUGCCUGAAGAAAAAAAAAUUAAUUCAAAGUAAUCAGGAUGACUUUAAUUGCAGAAAGCAAAUCUCUAUCUUCUGUACUCUAUAAUUAACCAAUCACAUAAAAGCUUAAGUAAUUGGAUUGUCUGUGUGGUCUGAGUUUUACUUUGAAGUGCUGCACUAUAGCUUUAGAUAAUAAACAAUGGUGGGUCUGUUAGCAUUUUUUUUCCCCACCACCCUUUUCUCAUUAGUUGAUGACUGAGUACAGAAAAUCUCUUAAAAAAAAAAAAAAAAGGAAAAAAAAAUAAGGUUAAUUGGUUAUUGGUUAAAUGGUACCUGGGUAAUACAGGAAGUAGGCUGUCUUUGGGUAUGAAGGGGAUCUCAUUUUGAAUUAAAGAUUUUUUGUUUGAGGUAUUUGUCCCCAAAAAAAGCCUACUUGUGAUUUCAGACAGCAGUUAGAAGACUACCCAGUUAAUCUAGGGUUCUUAAGUUAACUCUCCUAGAGGUGUCUUGAUGAAAUAAGAUAUUCGUGCCAAUCCUCCUUGCAUGUAAACCAUGGUUAUAACUAGUCUGUGUUUGGUUUUAAGGUGGAACUAAAUUUUUCCAGUAGUUAAAAUGUUUCUCAUCCCAGUUGUGACAGCUGCACUGAAGCUUCUAAGCGCUAGCACCUCUAGUGGUUCAACACAGGAAGGUUUUAGAACCAAGUUUGCUCUAUGUUGACCUGAAUUGACGUAUUGUAUUAAAGGAUAACAGGUGAGGGAAAAGCAAUGCAAUUUAACAGCUCUCCUGAAUUCAAUGCAGCCACUAUACUGAAGUAAUGUAUUAAGAGUACUUUUCAAAUACUUAAAAUGCUUUUAAAAUAAAAUAUUAUCUUAAAGAUAAGAUGAUGAUUAAAAUACCUAACCUAAAA